AGCUGCAGCAGUAGGUGCCGUCAUUAUCGAUAAAUCGGAAGACCUCCGCUCCUACACCCGCCUUGUUGGUCACCGGCGACCGGCGAGGCCGUUCUGCACCUCAGCAAGCCAGCGAACACGUUCUCAUGUAGGUCUACACCGCGGCGCGCCGCCAAGCACAUCUCACGCGUCAGCCUCGACGUCGACAAGCUCGCAACCAAGGUGUCAGCGCUCGAGGUCAUCGUGGGCAAGGGCGGGAGAGUAGUGGAGGCGGACGUGGUGGCGCUCACAUGUCUGGUGGGAUGGGGCUGCUGCUAGUAGCCGCAAUCUUCCUUCUCCAGCAGAUUGCGGAUGAGGCGGUGGCUGCUGGAGCGUCGAUCGGGAUCAACUACGGGCAGAUCGCCGACAACCUGCCUUCCCCGUCCCAGGUUUCAUGGCUGGUCCGGUCGAUGAACGUGGGCAAGGUGAAGCUCUACGACGCGGAUCACAGCAUCCUGACGGCGUUUCGUGGCUCCGACGUCGAGCUCGUCAUCGGCGUCGGCAACGAGAACCUGUCGGCGAUGACUGAUCCGGCGACCGCGCAGGCGUGGGUCCAGGACCACGUCCUGCCGUACCACCUCUCCAGCACGCGCACGCGGAUCACCUGUAUCACCGUCGGGAACGAGGUGUUCAAGGGCAACGACGCCGCAAUCAAGGAUAACCUCCUGCCCGCCAUGAAGUCCGUCCACGGGGCCCUCGCCGCCCUGGGGCUGCAGGGGCAGGUGAACGUCACCACCGCGCUGUCCCUCGACAUCAUGGGCAGCUCGUACCCUCCCUCCGCCGGGGCAUUCCGUCCCGACGUCGCGCCCUACAUGGCCGCACUCCUCGACUUCCUCUCGACGGCGACCUCUCCGUUCCUCGUCAACAUCUACCCCUACUUCGCCUACAAGGAGGACCCCAGUCACGUGCCGCUUGAGUACGUUCUGUUCCAGCCAACCGCCGGAGUCACGGACACGACCACCGGUCUUCACUACGACAACAUGCUCUACGCCCAGAUGGACUCCGUCUAUGCUGCGAUCCAGGCGCUUGGACACACGGACGUCGAAGUCAAGAUAUCGGAGACUGGGUGGCCGUCAAAGGGUGACCCUGACGAGGCGGGCGCCACGCCACAGUACGCCGGGAUGUACAUGAGCAACCUGCUGCGCAGGAUGGAAAUGAAGGAGGGCACGCCCCUGAGGCCGGCGGUGGCAGUUGACGCCUUCGUCUUCGCGCUGUUCAACGAGAACCUCAAGCCCGGGCCGGCCUCCGAGCGCAACUACGGGCUCUUCUACCCUGACGGCACGCCGGUCUACGAUUUCGGCCUGCUCGGGUACCUGCCGCCGACUCACAAAUCGGAUGCCACACAGACGGUGCUUCAAUUGUCGUUUGCCCACAUCGCCAUAGCAGCUCUCACAGUCAUGUUAUCGUAGAUACGCGAAGUCUGCAUAUCACUUCCACAGUACAUAAGUGGAUCAGCGUGCUGCUGCACUGGUUUCGCCCUAGCUUGCUCUUCUGCAUGUGGCUGCUACGUGCUGGGAAAAGGAGAUGGAGCUAGCAUUGAGGUGCUCCUUUUGGGUUGCCAAAUCUUGAUAUUAAUUACUUCGCCCUUUGUUCACAUUCUUCUCUCUUCCUGGGUCGCCUUGUAAAUGACUGAUGGUUUAUAAGUUGAUUGUCUGAUUCUGGACGUGGAUGGUCUGUAGUCCUGUAGCUCUUUCGCGCUUGAAUGAUCAUGAAUG